AUGAUUGUAAAUGCAAACUUUACUGCUAAUGAAGUAAGUAUAGAACAUAUAUGCAAGCUUAUUGGAAAAGAGGAUGUUGAAAAUAUAUCGGCUGAUGAACAAAAAAAAAUAAUUAGUUUUAUUUUAAAUUUUUAUAAAACAUGUAAAUCAUUUACAAUUAAGGAAAUAGAAAAUUUAAAAAAUUUUUUAAAAUUAGUAAUAAACAAGUUUAAAGAGGGUAAAAAUUCAUUUUUUGAAGACUUACUGUUGAUAAAUUUUGAAAAUGCGUCUAGUUCUUUCAUAAAUGCAAAAGUAAAUGAUGAUACGUCUUCAUACACUGAUAAUGUCAGACAAUACUUCCUUUCUAUUUUCGACUUAAGUGUAUAUUUGAAGGGAAGGGAAAGCAGACCUCACCAUAUAAUUAGGGCCGUAGUGAAUUACUUGCGCCUUUUUUUACUGAACGCGUUAAAGAUGAUAAGAUCUAACUACUGUGCGAAAUUUUAUUGUCAAAUCAUAUCAGAAGGUAAUAUUUUGGAGACGUUAAAUAAUUUUUAUUCAAAUAAUGAAAUAGCUGACAUGGUCAUUAUAUAUUGCUUUCUUUUAUUAACGGGUCAUAAAGAAUUCGACAAAGACGUUAUAAAAUGUAGAAUUUUGAAAGAGUUUACUUCUCCACUUAUAAGUAGUAAUGUAAUUACAAAGAACUAUUAUUUAAUACUUCAAAUACUAAUAAAUCUUAUCUCAAGAAAUGGAAAAAAUAUGAAAUUUUUAAUAAACAAUGAUGAAGUAGUACUACUUAACAACAUUGUAGAAAAAAUAUACAACCACGUAAAAAAGGGUAUUUUCGACUUUACUUGUGUUAAUUUGUUGAAAUUGUUUGCUUAUCUAAUAGAAGGAAGAAGUAACAUCAUUGAUUCGUUACUGACUGCUUCUGGGAAUGAACACUUAACACGUUAUGAGCAGAAGCAAGAGGAAAGGAAAAAGCAGCAAAAGGAGCAGCCUACGCAGGAUCUUUACAUAUCCUUUUUCGAGAAUACAAAUAAAAUAGUUGAUUGCGUAGAGUGUCUAAUUAAAGCUGAUAAAAUAUGCAACGUUAUAAAGGAUAAAGGAGAUCUUUUUUAUGACUUCCUUUGCAUUUUAUUUUGCGUUUUAAAAAGAAUUUUGGACGUUAUCCUUAGUCUAAGGGUGAGUAAAAUUGGAAAAAGUGAAUCAGAUAUAUAUUCUAUUGAAAGGGAAAAAAAGGAAAUAAACGAACAAAGGGAGGAGCUUCUCAUAAGGAGCAUUUUAAAUUUAUCAUUAAAUUUUUUGGUUCACAAUAGUUAUGUCCUUCCAGGAGAGAAAAAAAUGCUGCACUUACUGUGUAUGGACCUGGUCAUCGGGGUAAGCAGCAGUUACUACUCUGAACUUUUGAACCACAAAAAUGUACUUGUAAGAGUGAUAGCCGAAAUGGAUAAGGUCAAAGAAAGGGGAGAUGAAUAUAACAACUAUUUAUACGUAAAAUUUUUUGAAAUAAUAUUUUACAUGAGUGUUCAUAACGAACAAGUGUGCAAGGAAUAUUUUAAUAAAGAAUUCAUCUUACAAGUAGAAAAUAAAAUUUAUCAAUUGGACAAAAUAAGAAAUUCUGAAGAUUUAAAAGAGAGAGAAGGAAUGAAUUCAUUAAAGAUAUAUUAUUUUGGAAUAAUAUAUAUAUACAUAAAAUUAAAUUUAGAGAUAAAGGAAAAAGAUUUUCUUGUCCCGUUUGUUAACUACGUUAUAUUAAAAGAAUUAACAGAGAAGUCUUUUUUACUUCAAAAUGAAUUAUAUUAUUUACUAUUUUUGCAAUUUUUAAAUAUAUCAUUUUUAUGUAAUUUGUACGAUUUUAAAAAGUUCGUUCAAAACGAUUCAUUUGUAGACCUGAUGAAGGUCUGUAGGGGAAGUACCCUUCGCGUUAAGACAUCGAUAUUAAACCUCCUGUUACGAUGGCUCGAAAGAAAAGACUUCUCAGAUACGUUAAAAUGGCAUGUACGGAAAAACAAACUAAUAUUUACUAUUUUAUUUGAAUAUUGGAGAGUAGUACAAGCGACGGAGGAGGGAACUGACCUACCAAGUUUAGAUGCCCCUGAGGAGUAUAACAAUGAGAGAUAUAUGAUAUAUGAAAUUUUCAAAAUAUUGACGAACAAUUUUACAAAAUAUCUUAAUUACUUUUGUGAAAAUGAUGAAAUAUUAAAUAUAUUCAAAUGUAUAAUACUUUUUGAAGAAAAAAAUAUACUUGGCAUAUAUGCAAGUAUUGACGAACAGAUUGAAGUUCUAGAAAGCGACAAAAGUAAACUUAGAAAUAAAAUAAAAUUGUACAAUGAAAAAAUAGAACAUAUCGAAAGACGGCUUCUAACAAUAGUUGAAUUAAAUUAUGAAAAAGAAGUAAAGGACUUAGAGAGUUACUACAAUUCUGUUCGGGGGCAACGAUAA